AUGUUGAUAUCCAAGAGACACGAUCCUAUCUCAGUUGGUAAGGUUGCUUGGUUUGAAUGCAUAGCAACUAUUGAUGAUGUUGUGCAUGGUGCUGAGUGGUACUACAUAGGCUGUCGUCAAUGUCAUACCAAAGCAAUCAAAGGGCCAACAACUCUCAUGUGUAAGAAGUGUGGGAAGCAUGAGAUUGAUGCUGUGCCACAGUACCACUCGAAGCUAUCUGUGUAUGACCACAAGGAUCAAGCUGUCUUUGUGCUUCUUGGUCAUGCUGGUGAGGAGCUCACUGGAAAGAAAGCUGCUGAGUUGGUGGACAGCUAUUACAAGGUGAACAAUAUUGAAGAAGAGGCUCACAUUGUCCCAGUGCCUCAGGCACUACUUAGUACCAUAGGACAAACCAGGAAGUUUGUUGUCAAGGUGUCUACCUAUAACCUCACUGGUAAGGCCCAGAGUUUGACUGUAACAAAAGUGCUCCCUUUUGAGGAGGAAGAACACGAGGUCAACAUUGCAGCUCAAGCUGGAGAGGCCCCUGACAACGGAACGGAGGAUCAAGCUGAGGAGUCGGUGAAAAGAGGUGCUGAUGUGAUUGAGGGUGAAGAACCCAAGCGUUCAAAGCUUGGCUAA